AUGCAUAAAACAUUUGUAAUGUUUCCUCUUAAAUUAGGCUGGAGAAGAUGAGGUAUAACUUUGUUUUUUCACUUAGAACGCAUAAUGCAUUGUUUUCUUUUCCUGCCAGUGUUUGGAAGAGCGAUUCAUGCCAUAGCACGUAUCAGUGAUGAGUUUUGGUUCGACCCCUUAGAGAAAGGUCUUGCCUUAAGAUCAGUGAAUUCUUCAAGGUCAGCAUAUGCAUGUGUGUUCUUCUCAUCUAUGUUUUUUCAACAUUACUGCUGGACUGCCCUGCCUCAGCCACAUCAGAAGGAAAAGCAGUUGUCUCCCCCCUGUAAAUUGAUAAUCAAGUCAGUUCUUCCUGUAUUUAGAUGUGUAAAUGUGCUGGAAAGGAAUGUAGAGAAAUGCAGCAUUUAUACAAAUGUUAAUGAUCAUCACAUAACUUUUCAGCUCCUCUGCAAACAUGGUGUUGUAAAAACAUACAACCUGACGUUUCAAGAAUGUCAUCCGUUGCAGGCUGUUUUUGCAAAGCACAUGUGCCCCAACAUACUUAAAGUCCACUCCAGGCUGCUGGCUGAUAUCAUGAUUCACUUCCCCACCAGUCAAGAAGAAGUAACCUUAUCAGUUACACCAAUGAAAGUUUGUUUCAAGAGUUACACGGAGGAGGACACUGAUUUUUCAAAGACAAUGCUUACUGAAAUACAGCUGAAUCCAGAUGAAUUUGACUACUUCCAAGUUGGAGUCGAUUCUGAAGUGACCUUUUGCCUUAAAGAAUUGAGGGGACUCCUGGCGUUUUCAGAAGUCACCAGUGUUCCUGUCUCCAUCCAUUUUGACAUCUCUGGAAAACCAGUUGCUUUCAGCAUUGAAGAUCUGGUGCUGGAAGCCAGCUUUAUCUUGGCUACUUUGUCUGACAUUGAAAAGGAGACGACUUCCCAGCAGCCGCCCGGCUUCACACCGCAGCGGGAAAGCCUGGAGACACGUACAGGGAAAGCUGGAAACACCUCCAUGGAUAAAGACAGCAGCACACAGGCAAAUGCUUCCAAAGAGCCACAGAGGAAUGGAAACACCUUGAGCACGGAGCCAGCGGAACCUGCGAGUCCUUUGGUAGAACAAGAGAGAAAAAUCAUUCUUGGAGCCACAGAGGGAGAUAAAACAGGGGUAGAAGAAACAACCACAGCCCGUGCAGUGCUGGCAAGAGAGUCUCACUAUGAGAAGUUUCAUUCCUUGUUUUUUGGAGCAGUUUCCUGUAAGGAGGAUGCCAUCAGUCACACAUUCCAUAGUCUAGCGACAGCUAGCGACACAGAAGAGGAUUUUGGCAACAUGCAGAGCUCCCCAAUCCUCUAG